AUGGAGAUGGAAAGGGCUUUCGCUGUCCAAGAGUGUCGUGAUGAAGAAAAGAUUCGAUAUGCAGCUUAUUUACUACAAGGAGAAGCAUACAACUGGUGUCAGCGACUACAGUAUAAGUAUGAACAAGACGGCGAAAUACUUAUCUGGGAGAGAUUUCAGAUUGCAUUCUAUGAUCAGUAUUUUUCUCGAAGUAUAAGGAUCCAAAAAGAGCAAGAGUUUAUUUAUCUGAAGCAAAAGGGUAUGAGUGUGACUGAAUAUGAAGCAAAAUUUACAGAGUUAGCAAAAUUUGCUCCGAGAUUGGUGGAUGGUGAGCAAGAACGUAUUCACAAGUUUGAGAUGGGACUGAAAACUGAGAUUCGAAAACAAAUGGUUCCAUAUAAAUUGACAACUUAUGCAGAUGUGAUUAAAGUAGAUGAGGACGAAAUUUCUGUUAUUGAUAUAACUAUGAAGGAAAGAGAUGUUCGUGAAAUGCAAAUAGAUAAUCGUAUUCUGCUUAAUGAUGAGGAUUCUAAAAAUUAG